UUCUAGGGCCCAGGGUUUCGAAAUCCCACUAAGCAACUCCAAUGAGAGACAUUUUUUCUCAUUAGUUCUUAGAUGUACCCGAGCACUGAGUACCGGAGUACGAGUACGAGUAUGAUACCAGUACAGGUACCGGUACUCCAACCUUACCCCAGCGGCCAACCGACCACUGGCCCCCAAACUGUUAUAAUACCGGUGCCGGAAAUUUCUCGGACCAACCUCACUCCUCUCCUCCCCCUCCCCUUCCUCCUCCCCUUCCUUUUCCUCUUCUUCUUGUUCUCUCCUCCUUUGGCCAGAGCUUCCUACACAAGGCAUAAUCAGUCUAUCGUGAACCCCCUAUCCUUUGAUCUCCCUAGAUUCAGUUAUGCGAGGAAAAUGGACCCAGCAGCACAAGCAACAAGAGCCGCAGCAGCAAGUAAGAUGGAAUCCUUCUUUUCUCUCCUCCCCCACUCUUUCGGUGAAUCAUUAUUUUCCCAUACCCUGUUACAGACCCCAUUUAAUAGCUCUAGCUAACUUUAGCUCUCUCUUUCUCUUCAGGAAAUGAUGCAAGUUGGCAUGUCUUUCACCCCUCCCGAUUGAUAUCAUACUCCCUAGCACAUCUGCCUCCAAAGACGCAUAUCCACUUAUGAAACAAACACCCAUUCAUAUCCUCCUUCUGUACAAAACCGCGAGCCUCCUCAGUAACGCUAAUUGCAAUCGCUCCCUCUCGCUCUCUGUAGAUCGCUCAGAGUAAUUCCGCCUUCCCCUCUGUCCAUUUUCGCCCCAUUUACACUCUGUUCUCCUCCCGCCCCAUCUCUCCACUCCCCACCAUUGACAUGAGUGUACUCUGAUUCUUGAGACGCACUAGCUCAGUCCCCCCUUUCUGGAGAGGCCGCUCAAGUAAUUCCACCCAGGCACAGAGAGCGGGUUCGCAGUCGGUUUCCUGCCCCUAUGCUAAAUGUUCAAACUUCAAGUGUUUGUACCAUAAAACUUAUCGGUGACAUCUCCCGUAGGACACGAGACCCCUCAAAAAUUGUCGGCGCCUCAUACUCACAUGCCGACAUGCUAAAGUUCGAAUCACUGUAUUUAUCCUUCUCUUUUGUCCUAAGAUCUUAUCCUGUGCAGUCAUUGUAUCUCACCACCACCCCAGAUCCGUUCAGCCAAAGCCACCAGCUGCUUCCGGAAGCCAUACCCCCCCUCCCCCUUUACCGAACGGACCUAUAAAGAGCUUCUCCGACUACAUGAAUCAGACAGAUGAGGAUUGGGAUGCAGAUGUAGGAGACGAGACACCAGAUGACUUUCUACAGAACAAACUAAAGCCACCGCUAUCCAUUGAGCACCAGCCCGCCGUUAGCCCUAAGUUCGGGGGGGCCUCUAACAGUACAGAUCUAGCUUCGAAGGGGCCGUCAUACCCCAGCACAAGAAGGAAAGACAACCAGGGACUCAAGCCACAGUUCGAAGGCCUAGUCCGAGGCGAGUUUCCACCCCAAUGUAUUCGACUUGGUACAAUAGCGAAGGCUGACCGCCCACACAUACAGACCCCGGCAACUCCCUACACAUGAUCUACCAUCCCACACUCUCCUUGGAUACCCAUACGGCGGCCGAGAUAGAACGACUGAAUGCUCGUAUCAAGCGCAUCAAUAAAUUUAAGCGGAUCUUGCAAUCGUCGACGGUGGACCUGAACGAGCUUAGGGAGAUAUCAUGGAACGGAAUACCUGACGAGCUCCGGCCAAUGGCAUGGCAGAUGCUACUGGGCUAUUUACCCGCAAACAGCGACCGUAGAGUCGGCACGUUGGAACGUAAGAGGAAGGAAUUCAUAGAUGGCGUGAAGCAAGCCUUCGUCCGGGGUACUAGCGGGCUAGAUCAAACCAUAUGGCACCAGAUAUCCAUUGAUGUGCCCAGGACUAACCCGCAUCUUCCACUAUAUGGAUUCGAGACGACCCAGCGCUGCUUAGAGCGGAUAUUGUAUGUUUGGGCGAUAAGACAUCCAGCGAGCGGAUAUGUGCAAGGAAUCAACGAUCUCGUGACGCCCUUCUUUCAGGUUUUUUUGUCGGCUUAUAUAGGUGCACCCCUCAGCCGGGUAUAGUGAACUCGUUUUUCUGAUUUGUUUUAGAUGGUGAAGUGGAAACCUUCGAUCCCAGCUGUUUGCCAAAAGAAGUUCUAGAUGUGGUUGAAGCGGAUUCUUUUUGGUGCCUAACAAAACUGCUCGAUGGCAUACAAGACAACUACAUUCACACGCAACCGGGGAUUCAACGACAAGUCACGGCUUUGAGAGAUCUGGUGCAAAGAAUAGACGUAGACUUAACUAAACACCUCAGCGAACAUGGCGUCGAGUUUAUUCAGUUCAGUUUCCGCUGGAUGAACUGCAUGUUAAUGCGGGAGGUUAGCGUGAAGAACACAAUCCGGAUGUGGGAUACGUAUAUGGUGGGCCCAUUAACUUACAUCCCUUCGCAAUAUACUUGAUACUUACAAUUUCCGCAGGCGGAAGGACAAUCUGGGUUUUCAGAGUUUCACCUCUACGUUUGUGCAGCGUUUCUAGUCAAAUGGUCGGAGCAACUUCAAAAGAUGGAUUUUCAGGUAUUUCCGUCUAGCGGAUACAAACAGCAUGCCAAUUAGAUGCUAACGGUAGUAGAACAUAAUGAUGUUCCUCCAAUCUAUCCCAACGCAAUCCUGGGGCGAGAAAGAAAUGGAGAUCCUCCUGAGCGAAGCGUACCUCCCUUCCCUAUCCUCCCCAAAAUUGAGGUCCGCGGCUCACGAAAAGCAGUUUCCUCUGGCAAUCCCUCUUCCGAAACUCAAGCGCCCACCUCCGCCAGCAAACCCCAAAUAUACCUCCCCCAAGCACAAGCCCAUGAUAUGCCAAUCCAUUCAGCCAUCUUUCUCCUUUUUUACCGCAGCCUUUCCCUUCUAGAUCCCACAUGUACAAUAAUAACGAAAAAAAAUACAAUCAGGUCAACCUU